UGUAUUCUUCCAUUUGUUUUCACACCAUUUUACAACCUUUAAUCCUAUGGACUUGGGCCCAGCUUGAAUGUGCAGAAACUGUGGGACUACUAAGAAAAUGCAGAUGCAGCUGAUCUCCGUUAUGCUCCUUUUUUUAUUGGGUAAUGUACUUUGUUCAGAUACAGACGAGGGGAAAAGGGCAACAGAGGAAGAAGUACUGAGAAGUCUCCUCACUUCAAAGGUAAAGCAGAUUAAGCACAUCGCCCCCCUGUGGCAGCUGCCACUCCAGGAUGUGUGCAGGAUGAUGAACAGUCUAGGGGAGUCAUGGCAGGAGGCCUGGGGCAGUGAGGAGGAGCAGGAGGACACGGAGGUUCAGGCCGAGUAUGAGCAGAGGGUCUCGGGUACCCUCACCCAAAUGCAUGACCUCCGGAACCUCUGCAGGGUCCUGCAGCCUAGAGAGCUACAAGACGACCAAGAAUAUCUGGAGCUGGACCAAAACAGAGACAGUCCAAUGAAGAGGAAAUCUCCGUAUAUACUUAAAAGGCAACUGCGCACCAAUAAAUCAAGACGGCCGUACAUUCUGAAGAGAAGUGUGUAUUACUGAUGCUCAAGAUCCACCGAUGGAAAGACAUUUUACUU